AAUCACAAGCUCAUAACAACACAUAAGCAAAGAAAAACAAAAGAGAGAAGAAACUUGCAAGAAAAUAUGAAAUUUGCUGCAAUCUUCUUAGUUAAUUGUGUCUUAUUCUCCCUUCUCUCAAGCCACCUUUCACAAGGUGAAGAAUCAAGCAUAAAUAUUGAUGCGCAGAGAAGGCCAUGGUGUCCGUCUAAAAAACAGGUGUUCAGUGGUUCGUGUGGAAAUGAUGGAGCACAACAAUGUCUAAAUAACUUAUUAAGUACAUGGGAUCCAAGUGUAAGGCUCAGCCCAAUCUCCUGCAAUUGCACUCCUCAACCUAACAAUAAUAUUCUUUGUAGUUGUCCUAACAUGAUUUGCCCAUAGAAAACGUCUAUUUAAGACCCAAACUGAUGUUCUAAAUCCUUUUUCUCUGUAUCAAGAAUAACGUUUCAGUUUCUAAUGAAAACCCCGAAGACUUGAUCUUAGUAUAAUUGUGGAAACAGGUUGUUAGUUUUGGGAUAUUAGGAUGUAUUUGUGUGCAAUUUUCAAGUACUUCUUG